GGGCACGGGCGCCGGCUUGGUCGCGGCGCCAUCCGACUUGGUGCCGGAGGCUGCCGGCGGGGCCGCCGGCGCCCGCGAGCGCGUGGAGGGGGGCCUCGUGGUGGCAGCGGACGCCGCGGCGCCGGCCGGGGGCGGCGGGCAAGACGCAGCACGGUCCGGCAGCCGGGCAGUGGCGAGCGUACGCCUCUGAAAGACGCCGCUACUU